CAGCGUGAACAUGGUGCAACUGAGAAUGAAGCAUGUCCAAUAUUUAAAAUAAUAAAAUCCCAUACAUUUACCAGGCGACUGCGUACUACUAAUAUAAUACCGAUCGUGUCCAAACCAGAGCGCUAAUAUUCUGACAACACUGUUUCAUUCCUGCUGGCAAAGUUUACCAGAACUGCUAUGUUGUUAGCUGGCUAGCAGCUGCAUAAGUGGUACAUGAACCUAACGUUAUCUAUCCAGCGUGAGUGGAUUGAGACGAAAGAUUUUUUGUUGGCGCGAUUGUACUAGUUUUAAGUAAUGUCUGAUGACAAUACACCACAAGAUCUCCCAGAUCAGACUACCGAUGAAGAGGCGGUCAUUGUCGAGCCAACGGAGGACAGAGAUGAUGGCGAUCCGGACUCAACACAGGCUGAAUCGGAUCACGGUGCGUUGGCGCCCCCUGUCGGCGAGCAGCGGUGCGAGUGGCACUCCGUCUGCCCGCCACACGACGUUGACGUCAUGGAGGAGAAGCUGCGGCCCAUCCACGCGCACCUGGAGUAUCUGCUGAGCAAAGCAGACGAGUAUCAGGCCCACAUCAUACACAGGCGUGAUCGUCUCCAGAUUGAAGGUUUGUGUCGAGUGGUUCCCACCUUCCUGAAGAGCUGCCAUCCGUUCUUCAGCUACCUGGAGCACACAGCAAGGAGCUGCCUACCGCACAGACCCCAACUACCAGUGUACAUACGCACGCAGUUGCUGUAUUUCUCUCAACAGCUGUGCAGUCGUCUGGAGGAACUGAUUUUGACGUAUGCAUCAUACAACUUCCUGACUCUGGAGGAGACAAACCCCCUCAGUAUCUCUCACUUCUUCAUAGGACACUGUCAGGUGAACCACAUCAAGCUGUCAAUCUUCCGCUACUGUAGUCCCGCCCCCUUCCAGGCGCUCCCCGCCUGCCGCCUCUACAAGCUCAUGCGCUGGAACGUGGAGCGAGGGACAGAGAGCCAAGACGGAGGAGGACAAGAAGCAGGAGAGAGAGAGGAGAGAGGGGAGAAGAAGAACAACGGCACAGAGUACUACUUCCUGUGCUAUGAGGAGAUCAGGAGAGAGGAGGAGUGGUCAGGAGAGGAGGAGGAGGAGAGCUUGAGCGAGGGAGAGAGAGGAGAGGAGAGGAGGAGCAGAAGGAGGAGGAGUCUGAGCGAGGGAGAGGGAGGAGAGGAGAGGAGGAGGAGGGAGAGUGGAGGAGUCAAGAUGUGGUCCAUCGGGCAGUGGGUCCAGACGUACCCCGACCCAGAGACCGACGACAUCUACGAGUGGGUCCUGUGUGGGAUUCCCCGGGCGCACUACCAGCAGCUGUUCCAUCUUGGGCUCACGGAGCCGUCCACCUGCAGCGCCACCGACUGCCUGCUGGGGGCGCUGUUGUCCUACGACAGCCAAUGAGGACACAGCGCCACGGUGACAACAACCAAUGGCUAAUAAGACUCAUAUGGCUAUUUAGGUGUGUUAAGGAUAUGGUUUAGUGUGUUAAAGAUACGUUUAAGUGUGUUAAAGGAUCUGGUUUAGUGUGUUAAAGAUACGUUUAAGUGUGUUAAAGGUGUGUUGAGGAUAUGGUUUAGUGUGUUAAAGAUACGUUUAAGUGUGUUAAAGGUGUGUUGAGGAUAAGUAAUGGGCAUCCAAAAGUAUGUUGAGGUUGAGGAUGUGUUUCUGUUCUCCAGGGGAACACACUCACUCUGUUCUGUGACCCAAGAGGGAGCUACUGUAGUUCUCAUACGCUGCUCUCAUUUUAUUGUUGUGCUUUGCACGAGCUGUAGCAAAGCAAAGAUUUUUAUACAUAACGUUCGUAUACACACUUUUCAGUGGUACCAGUCAGUGAUUGAUGAAUGAUUUGACGUUGUGUGGUCAGAUCAAAAUGCUGGUUUCAUUGUAAUCCACUGGUAUGUGUGUGUGUGUGUG